AUUUCGGGGGUUGGUGCAUUGCAAAACCCUGAGUGUGAACUCCAACUUUAAGAUAAACCCUCUCAGCUAAGCAUAGCUGAAGAAGAAGAGGAAGAAGUAGUUACCACUUACCACUAACCAUGUCAGCUUCAAAGCUCGCACUGUACGGAUUCGGAACCACCCUGUUCCGUACCCAUCGAUUCCUCUCUUCUUCCUUUCUUCCCUUCUCUAAACCAAUCCUUUUCCCUCUCAAACCCGUUGCUGUCCUCGAGUGAUCUUCAAGCAAUCGUGGAGGGAGGAUGUCCUAAUCUUCUCCGAAAAGCUGUAAAUUCGGCUAAAAGGUUGAGAGCCCACCUGCAAUUAGAUGAAGGGGAUGUCUGUAGUGCUUGCCACCUGCGAGGCUCCUGUGAUAGGGCUUAUGUGAUUAUGGAGACCCUUGGAGUUGAUGCUCGAACUGUGGAUGUAGUUAGAAUACUUUUGUUCUACGCACUAGAUCCAGUUGUUCUUUCUGGUGGAGAGAAACCCUCGGGGAGAGAACUUGUUGAAUUAUCUGUGCGAAAACUUCUCUCCCAGCUGAUUGAGUUGAGCGAGUCAUCUCCUGCUCCAGCUCCUCAUGCUCCUGUUCCUGCUCGAUCAAAGCCCACUGCCCAAAAUGCUUUGGCAGAAGGCCGACCACUAACUUCAACAACUAGUAAAUUUUCAAAAGAAGCGGAGAUGAAGAAACAUGACUGGAUUUGCCAAAAAUGCAAUUUUAUGAACUUCUCUAGGAAUACAGAAUGCUUAAAUUGUAAAAAAAAUAAGCCAAAGGAUGUUGAUCUGCCAACUAAUCAAAUGAGUAAAGGAGAUUGGAUAUGUCCAGAAUGCAGUUUUAUGAAUUUUUCCAGAAAUUUUCAGUGUCUAAAAUGUAAGACAGAAGGGCCCAAGAGGAUCAAUCCAGAUGAAGUUGAAAUGAAAAAAGGAGAUUGGAAUUGUCCACAGUGCGGGUUCAUGAAUUUUGCUAGUAAAUCGAAGUGUUUGCGUUGCUCUGAGCAAAGACCCAAGAAACAUCCCGGGGACUGGAGUUGCUCCAAGUGUGGUUUCAUGAAUUUUGCUAGUAAAGUGAAGUGCUUGCAUUGUCAAGAGCCAAGUCCUAGUUCCAACAAAUAUCAACAUCCCGGGGAUUGGAGUUGUCCUAAGUGUAAUUUCUACAAUUAUGCAAGAAAUAAGAAUUGUCUGAAGUGCAACAUUGAACGACCUAAAGAGCAACCAACCAGUGAGCAUGAGGAGCAUGUUUGGAAAAGAUCAUAUUGAUAAAGAGAUCCAUAGGGCGGCAUUUGCAUGGUGGAGUCAAAUGUGGGUUUUCUUUCCAGUUUAUUUUCUAGUCAUUUCAUUAGAAAGAUACACAUCUGCAAUAUAAUCAGAGAGAGUUAUUUGAAUGUAAUUGAAGAUGUUUAAUAUGAUCAUGUACAGAUCUAGAAGCAAAUUUAACGAUGUGUAAUGUACCAUCACUAAUAUAUCUGGAGUUGGAUUGAAUCUCGUGAAAUGUGAAUGUUCCAACUUAAUAAGGAAGAAAUAUACGAAGACGAAAAUUCAUGUCAA